GUUACAAGGCGCUGCUGCUCAAUGCCGACGGAUUACGCUCCUCGUAGCAAGCCGAUGCAUACUAGAGAAGUGAGGUACGAAAGAAAUGAUAGGUUCCUGGGCAAGAGAGACUGGCAGCGCGUCGCGGUGUUCGAGAGGUCCCCAGCUCUGAGCUCCUCGAAUGGCGGAUCUUAUGAUCCUCCCAGCAAGCGGCGUCCAUCUGGGCGGCAUGGAUUCUCUGGCGAGAACGGGAGAUUCCGGGAGCACAGCAGCAGCCGCGCGUCAGAGAACCAGCCCAUGUUUUCCUCGGCGCCGAGUGGUUUCACGGGCUUCGGUCACAAGCCGGAGCGCUAUGUUCUUCCCGGUGGGGGGAUGACCCACUGCCCCGGCUCGAGCAGCUCGGGAAGGAACGGUCUCAGAGAUGGCGGAGGCGAGGACGAUUUCUUCCGGGAGAGGGACUGCGAGCGCCUGGUUUCUUCGUCGCCCAGCCCCGCGCAGCCGCUCCAUCCUUACAAUUCGGUGGUCUACGACGCGCACCCCGGCGACGGCCACAGGGGCUCUCGCUAUGGCUGGGAUGUUCACAGCAGGGGCGAGCGAGAGCAUCACGCGACGACGCGGGAGAGGUUCUCCAGCAGCCCGGAUGUGUUGGACAGAAGAAAUGGUGGCGGCAGCGGCGGCGUCUCGAGAUUUGGGUGGAGCGAUGCUCCAGAGCGGGAGCUCGAGGGGCGGCUGGACAGAUAUGGUGCUUCCCGGGACCCGGAUGGGCGGAUUCGAGAGCUCCCGGCGGAAGAGGUCUUGGAUCCGUUCGUUUCGCCGAGGUUCCAGCAGUCGCAGCACCAGCGGGGGGGCUUCUCGGUGCCGGCCUCGCUGCUACAAGAGGAGAGGGUACCUUUGCCACCAUCGUCUCCUCCGAAGAAAACUCGCCUCAAGUGGGGGGAAGGUCUUGCGAGAUACGAGCAGAAGAACACAAGCAGAGCCAGGUCCCACGAGGAGGAGCCAGCCCCUGCGACGAGUAACGGAUGCGCUGAGCAGGAACAAGCACGGGGUUUCGAGAGCAAGGGAGACGCGAAUGGAAGUUUGCCUUCUUCGGACAGAGAUCUCACGCCGUCGAGAGAGCAUACUCCCACUCCUGCGCCCAGCGGCGUCAGUGACAAGGUGGUGUGCGGUACUGACCAUCCCAUCAUUCUAACUUGUGAGACCAUGGCGACGGCAGCACCGAGGUCUCCUUCCAUACCCCUGACUACACCGAGAUCUCCUUCUAUACCUUUUGCGAGAGGUAAUGAAGAGUGUGCUCUGUCACCGCAACCGAGAGAGGCAGAAGAGACUCACGAUCCGCCCGCACAGACCCUCCAGCAGCAGGAGGAAGAGCCUCGGCUGUCCAAAGAAGCGGUGCUACUUCAGGUGGAACGGGUUGAGCUUGAGAUAGAGUCCAUCGAGAAGGAGCUGGCAAGUCUUGCGGUCCAGACGGAUGCGCCACAGCCUGUUCAACCUGAUCUAGAAGAGCAACCAUGUUCGACAAAAGAGACGGAGACUGCUGUGGAAAUACCGGAGGAGGGGAAUCCCGACACGGAUGUCGUUAUGGUGGAUGCUGCUCAGCAGCCGGAGGAUCAGCCGGAGUCUCAAUCGGGUAAUUUACCAGGUGAACUUCCUGAAGUUAUUACUGACCGAUGUUUAGAAGAUUUUGGGCACAUACUUCCUCAAGGAUUUGUGCGUGGGAGGAAGGUUUACAGCAGUCCACAGGAAACAGAAGUUUGGAUACGUAACGAAGAGUUACACAGGCUGAAUAAAGAUCGGAUACUGGAGAAGAUGCUUAACAAGAAAAAUCUUCAGAGAUUUAAGGAGCGGUCGCUUGUUCUCAAGUACAGAUUGUUGAGGGACAGAUAUGGGACACGGAAGGGUGAUGCUGCUACUGAUGGCAGGAAUGGUUUUACUCAGCGGCUGCCUCAAAAACUGCGACUUCCAGAUGAUCAACAGUGGUUGCGGGUGGUUUCGGAGCCCGUGCGUCAGUAUAGAGAAACAGAACGCAUGCCAUCGAUGAUUUUGUGCCAAGGGGAGAGGAGUGCGCAGUAUAUCGUGCAGUCAAACCGGCGGGUGGAAGAUCCCAUUGAGUUCGAGCAGGAGAGGAAAAGCAUCAACCCCUGGACACCCGAGGAGAAGAAGCUCUUCUUGGAUAAGUUUGCUUUGUUCUACAAGAACUUUGCCAAGAUCGCGUCGUUCCUGCAGCACAAGACGACGGGUGACUGUGUGGAGUUCUACUACCGGAACCAGAAGACGGAGGAGUUUCAGAAGCUACGUAAGAAGCAGCAGCUGAAGAAGCGUCACUCUCGGGCAAGCUAUUUGGCGACGACAACCCCGGCGGCAAGUGGCAGGCUCCGGGAUUACAACGCAGCGUCCGCGGUGGCCAAAGUUACGCCAGGGAAGGAGACGAGCUCGGGUAACGUCUCGAGCAUUGUGACGGGAGUUUGCAGCCUGAGCAGUGAUGCGCCGCUGACACCACUGAGGGGUCCGUGUGAGAGGGCGCUGCUGCGGGAGGAGCACUCCAUCAAGCAGAAGGGGGUGCGUAGCUCUCGGAGUAGACGGGAACAGGUUGAGGAGGCGGAGUCGGAAUGGACAGAUACGGAGAGGGAGCUGUUUCUGGAUGCGGUGUUACUCUUCGGGAAGGAUUUCAAGAGCAUAGCGGUGCACGUUCGCUCAAAGAACGAAGGUCAGUGCAAGACAUUUUACAGCAAAGCUCGGAAACGCCUAAAGCUUGACCGGAUUGUUGAACAGCAUCAGCUGGCUCAAGAGAUGAGUGCAACAACGACACAGCAGCUGGCCUCGGUAACUUCCCCAGAUGGAGGCAGCUUCCCCUCGAAUGCCUCGAACACGGUGCAAGCUAGAAGCUCCACCCCCGCCGCCAUCACCCCCGCCGCCACCGCCUCCGCCUCCAUCAACUCGGAGAUCACGACCGAGCCGACUGCUACUAUUGCCACCCCCGGCGUCCAAGCGGGCGAGACGAUGUCCAAGACACCGCUGAGCCGGAGCAGCGACGUGAAGCUCUUUGGACAGUCGCUCCUCUCCCAUCCACCAACAAUGUCACUAACAGCAACAACAGCAGCAAAGCCGGAGCCUUGUGACUCGACUUCUAGGGGCGUUCCGUUUUUGCUCGGCGAGAGCUGGUGCUCGGGCUCAGCUGAAGCCCAGGAUAGAGAGUUUGCCGCGAGAUGUAGGAGUCUGGCCGCCGUGAGCAGCGGCGGCGGGAUCUACAGGCUGGAUCAAAACGGGGGCUUCUCAGGUGCCUUGCCUGAGGCGGCCUCGAAGCUGCCGGAUGGUGUGGUGGACUGGCAGCAGCUUGCGGCGACGAGAGAGCCCCUGGAUCUUUGGAAGGGGGAGGUGAUGAAACCAUCUUUCGUGGCUGGUUUCUGCCAGUCCUCUCAGCAGCAGCAAAGCCAGCAGCAGCAGCACCAACACCCGAAAGAUCAGCAGCAAGAACAACAGCAGCAGCCGCAGCAGCAGUUCUUGAUGCAGUUUCCAGCGAAUUGGUCUAGCAGCAGCGGCAGUGACCCUCUUCACGCCCGGAUUUUGGCCCAGUUUUCGGAUCAACAGCAGCUCCACCAGCAGCUCCAGCAGCACCAGCGGCAGUGCCUGUGCAACCGGUGCCACUGUUGCUACUGCUGCUGCUAGACGAGAUCUUCUUUAAUCGAGCCAGCGAGCGAUCCAAGUUGGUUUUACAGGGAAGAACACACGUAGAAGGCAAGCGAAAAAGCUCAAGAGAAGAGUGAGGAAGUUUUUUUUUGUAAGCUUGGACCGCGAGGCAUUCUCCUCCCGUCCACUGUAUCAAUAUAUGUUCCAUCCUAAAAUUCUUUCA